CACGACCCUCCGUUUCAAUUUUUUUUUUCUCCCUUGGAAAAUACAAAAAUAACGAUAAAUAAGCGAGCACCUCAUUUACGACUUGCAAGGUUGCGUUUCUGCGUGCCUAGAUUGUCGCCUCCGCGUCUCGUUCCCGCUUAGCUGAUCGGCUAAAAUCGCAUCCACCGCCUUGCCUGCAUUCGUAGAUGGACCUAACUUCCACUCUACGCUUCCCUACCCUCCACUCCAACUCUAAGCUGCAUACAAGAUAUUAGAUCCAAGAUCUCCUUCGGGGUGAUCCCCCAAGAACGUAGGUAAGACGCAGCCCAUGUACCCAUGUGGAGUACCAAAGGUGCUCUCAUGUAUGAAGAAACCAGCUCUCCCUACCUCCGACCUUCCUUUCUCCAUGUCUGCUCCGUCCGCCGGCUAGGAAUUGCGAUCGGGAAACAGGUCGCCGCUCCGUCACAUGUACUCCGCAACCCAGCAUGGCAUCUUUGAGCGGCCGCCUUGGGCGGCUCUCCCCCGCCGCUUCGUCGUCCACCGAAGGCCAAAAUGAGAGAGAUAGACCGAGAAGCUUCGACGGCAUAGUUAAGGACUACGCUUCCGAACACCCCGUCGUGGGCGAGGGCUAUAUCGUGGACGCCGAGAAGGGCGAGGGCUUAUUGCAGCAGCAGAGGGUCGAUCAGCCAGCUCCGCGCUCUCCUACCCCCCAAGGUAGCUUUUCCUGGGCCGUCUUCUGGAUCAUGGUCAAUACUCUAGCCACGAUAUCCAUUGUAUUCACAAAUAAGGCUAUAUUUUCCGAUCCUUCGUUGAAGCUCGCGCAGUUAACAUUUGCCGCCUUCCACUUCUUCAUGACGUGGCUGCUACUGUUCGUGUUGUCGCGGCCGCGACUCGCGUACUUCACACCUCGUCGCACCACCCUGCGGGAAAUCAUCCCCCUCUCUAUCGCCAUGUCUCUCAACGUGAUCCUACCGAAUUUAUCCCUGGCCUUUUCCACCGUCACCUUCUAUCAAGUUGCACGAAUCCUGCUCACCCCCACCGUUGCGACCAUGGACUUUAUAUUAUACAAGUCCGUCUUACCUCCGAACGCGAUACUAGCUCUGGUCCCGGCUUGCCUGGGGGUAGGCAUGGUGUCCUACUACGAUUCGCUGCCGACGGAUGACGCCAAGGUAAAGACCACGUCAAGCUUGGGCGUGAUGUUUGCCUUCAGCGGCAUAUUCGCAUCGUCGCUCUACACCGUAUGGAUCAAGUGGUACCAGCGGAAGCUGCAAGUCUCGAGUAUGCAACUGCUCUUUAACCAGGCGCCCGUCUCGGCAUGUCUCCUCCUUUACGCUAUCCCGUUUGUCGACGUAUUUCCUGCGUGGUCUGAGGUCCCUGUGAACCGUUGGUUGAUGAUAUUGAUGUCCGGCAUAUUCGCCGCGUUGAUCAACCUGUCCCAGUUUUUCAUCGUCGGCCAGGCCGGUCCGGUUUCAAGUACGGUUGUUGGUCACUUGAAAACGUGUCUUAUCGUGGCGCUCGGUUGGGCAACGUCUGGGAGGUCGGUUGGCGACAAAUCGGUCAUCGGUAUCUUCGUUGCGAUAGGGGGCAUCAUUACGUAUUCCAUUAUAAUGCUUCGGCUGGCCGUCCGAGGUCGUAGAUAAAGCCGACAAGCCAUGGCGGGGGGCGUUCUCUCUCUUUCUCUCUCUCUCUCUCGCGGAGUCAAUACGGUAGACGCGGCGAUUCGUAUGGCAUUUCAUCCAGGGG